UCCUCAUCAAACAAUUCAAUACUGCGUUCUGUUAUACACAAAUUAAUCAGCAUGGUAUCAAGCGGUGUACAAGUUCUGGGCACAGCCUAUAGCCCGUAUGCGAACCGGGUUCAGAUUGCUCUUAAUCUUAAAUCGGUGGAGUAUGAGUACAUUGAGCAGAAUCUGAGUUCUAAAAGUGAUCUUUUGAUAAGGUCUAACCCUGUUAAUAAGAAGGUCCCUGUUCUGAUCCACGGUGAUAAGUGCAUUUCUGAGUCGCUUGUCAUUCUUCAGUACAUUGACGAAACUUGGACCGGUAAUGGUUACUCUAUUCUUCCUUGUGAUGCUUAUGAUCGUUCUGUGGCUCGAUUCUGGGUUGCGUAUUUUGAUGACAAGCUAGUUCCAUUGAUGAGGGAUCUUAGAACGGCCCAAGGGGAGGAAAAAGUGGCGUUGAUAGAGCGAUUGGAAGAAGGGAUGGGGCUUUUGGAGGAGGCCUAUUGGAAAUGUAGCCAAGGCGAGGCCUAUUUUGGAGGAGAUAAAAUUGGGUACAUUGAUAUUGCUUUCGGAAGCUGCUUGGGAUUCAUCAGGGCUAUGGAAAAUCUGAACAGCAUCAAGUUGAUACAGAAAGCCAAAACCCCAGGGCUCGUCGAAUGGGCUGACACUUUCAUGUCGAAUGAUGCUGUGAAGAAUGUUGUUCCUGAGCCUCAAGUGUUUCUGCAGCUUCUUAAGAAGAUGCAAGCCACGGCCAAACCUGCUUCAAAAUAAGCAGCUUAUAAUAUCUAAAUUUUUUUAUAUUUAUUCUUGUGAAAGCAAAUGAGUGAAUUUGGUGCUUCAUCGUUUCCUACUUGGUCAAUCUGUAUUUGGUUCAGUUUUUUGUUGUCUUCAUUGUUUUCUCUACUUAGUUAUCUUGUAUUUUAGUUGUUAAUUAUUGAUAUUGUUACAUGGUUUCCUUGUAUUUUAUAUCAUUAAUAUUGAAAUUAAAGAGGAUGUAUUCGAUUGAGAUUUUAA